AUGACAUCAUCACCGCAACAACUAUCAUCAUCAACAUCAUCACUAUGGACAGAACUGUCAAGUUUGAAACCAACUCAAUGUGCAGUUGGUAUGAAACAUGUUAUGCGAAAGGUAGGUGAGAUGCAAGAGCUCAAACAGACGGCUGGCAAGGACAAGGUAGUCGACUUUCUUCGUAACCAUCCAGCACCUGUAGUCGUUCGAAACGACAACAUAUAUCUUAUUGACAAUCACCAUCUAUGUCGUGCCUUGUCUGAACUACAAGGAGACUUCUUUUCUGACUUGGAUUUCAAUUCAAAUGGUUCACAAAACAUAAAGAGUAGUACAAGUGGUGGUGAAGCAUCACCUUCACCAUCAUCCACUCCAAAAUGUUUUGUAAAGGUGGUUGAUGAUCUAUCUGCUUUAAAAUCAGACCAAGAGUUUUGGAGCAAGAUGGAGAAUGAAAAGUGGGUACAUCCCUACGACAAGCAUGGAAAGGGUCCGGUCGACUUUUGCAAGAUUCCCAAACACGUUGGUAGUCUUGACGACGAUCUCUUUCGUAGUGUAGCUGCUUUGGUCAAGAUCCAAGGAGGUUUCAAAAAAUCAAUGAUCCCAUACGCUGAAUUUCAAUGGGCAAACUUCUUCCGUGACCAAAUUGGCGAUCAUCACUCUAGUUCCAAAUUUGAAGAAGCAGUUGAACAAUCAAUGAAAUUAGCCAAAGACAAGAAAGCAUCACAUUUACCUGGAUAUACAGGUAAUUAA